UCCAAUCAAAAAAAAUCGAAAGUACCUACCUAUGGCAAAACAAUGAAAGUGUUCAUUCAGACGUUGGUUUUAAUCGGUUUUCUUCAAGUAUACAAUGUAGAUAGUGCUCGAGAAAAUUCAAAUAGUAAAGUAGAUGUAAACCUCGAAAUGGCAGAGCCCUGUGAUUUCUUGAAAUGCUCCCUACCGAACUGCCGAUGUUCGGAUGUUAAACUAUGUGAAAAAAUUCAAACCGAAAAGAUUCCACAAUUUGUUACAGUUACUUUUGAUGAUGCCGUUACAGCUCUCAACUUUGAAUAUUGUGAUAAAAUAUUUGAAAAUAUUCGCAAUCCUGAUGGAUGCAGUCCCAGUGCCACAUUUUAUUUCAAUCAUGAAUAUACUGACUACACCAAAAUACAUUUUCUUUGGACAAAAGGACAUGAGCUAGCCCUGCACUCCAUGACACAUGGUAUGGGAACCUCGUAUUGGAAAGAAGCAACUGUAGAUGUUUUUCUCAAAGAAUUUGGUCAACAACUUGAAAUGAUCGAACAUUUUGCCAAAAUUGACAAAAGAGAUGUCAAAGGAAUGCGAGUACCUCACCUUCAAAUAUCGGGAAAUGAUUCAUUUAUAGCAGCUAAAAAGUUAGGCUUAUUAUACGAUAGUUCUUGGCCAACAACACGUUUUACUUCGCCGCCUCUGUGGCCCUACACAUUGGAUUAUAAGUCAGUUCAAGAUUGUCCUAUAGGAGAAUGCCCUGAUGCCUCUAUCCCAGGCUUGUGGGAAAACCCUCUUGUAAGUUGGGAAGAUACUAAGGGUUAUAAAUGCGCUAUGUUAGACGCUUGUAUCCACAUGCCAAAUGAUACUACUAAAGAUCUCGUAAAUUGGAUGAUAAGCAAUUUCAAUCGGCAUUACUUAACAAACCGUGCACCUUUUGGAAUUUAUUUACAUUCCGCAUGGUUUCAAAAAGGCGAACAUUACUUCGAAGCAUUUAGAGAAUUUAUUCGUUAUCUGAACAAAAAACCCGACGUUUACUUCGUAUCAGCAUCACAAGUAAUUGAGUACAUGAGAAAUCCAGUAGAAGGCAAACCAUUUAAAGAGUGUCCAAGAAAACAUAAGUCCACUUGCAAUGCUAAAAUGUGUCAGUUGCGCAAAAUUGACAGUAAAGACGUAAGAUACAUGAAUGUUUGCGGUUCUUGUCCGGCAGUGUAUCCAUGGAUAGAAAAUCCUCUCGGACUUAAAAUAACUACUUUUUAACAUGCAUUUGAAUAAAAUUUAGUAAAUUUU